AUGGCAAUUGAUACGCCUAAACUCGUGACGACAAAAUUUGGUUUUGCGUAUAACACCAUCAAACAAUAUCUUAUUUCAUGCUCAAAAUAUCAGCAAUUUAAAAUUUCACUGGCAAAACCAGCUGACACAUCAGAACCAAUUGAAGUAUCAACUGGUGUAUUAGAUUUAACGGGAUUAGAUUUUCUUGAUCCUGUUUCACAAUCAACAUCUGAUAACAAAUGGUAUGGAAGCAAUCAUAUCAAAACAACAACCUAUCAUCCACAAACAAAUGGCUUAACAGAACGAUUUAAUGCAACACUAGCCGGUUCAAUUGGUACCUAUGUCAAUCAACAACAAACUGACUGGGAUGAAUAUUUACCAUUUGUGACAUUUGCAUACAACACCUCCAAGCAAACAACAACUCAGUUGAAACCUUUCAAAUUAAUGUUUGAUCGUGAUCCAAUCCUACCAUUUAAAAUAAUAACACAAAUGAUACAUUGA